CCAGUGUGACCACCAGUGUGACCAUCAGUGUGACCACCAGUGUGACCACCAGUGUGACGACCAGUGUGACCACCAGUGUGACCAUCAGUGUGACCAUCAGUGUGACCACCAGUGUGACCACCAGUGUCGGCUUCUGGACGUAUCACUCAACUGCAGCUGCUGUAGCUGGCCAGGUGAUGAAGGUGGUAAUCCUCACAUAGCACCGAUCAGCACUCCGUCAGCUCUUCAGCUCCACAAAUACGACUUCAAAACUUCAAAAUAGUGUCAAUUAUGAUCAACAUUUGAGGCUUUUACUCGUCACUUCUUCACAGGCAGUGUUAAUGAUGAUUGAUUGUGUAGUUGAAUAACGGUCUGCAGUCGACGAAUGACAUGGUAUGACGUAGCAACAGGUAAACGCACUGUUGCUGUUGGUGCAACAGCUUUGUCCUACUUACUGACCGGCGUCACCCUCAUCUGUGGGCCUGACCACAGGGACCCAGUGAGCGAGGCCUCUCAAGUGACACCUCUCUGUGCGUCGGCUCCACACGGUGGCUACUGUUCUCUCUGACGACGCCUCUCAUGAAGGACCAGGACAACGCAGCGGCCCAGCAUGUAGAAGAGGCUGCGCGCUAGGUCUUCAGGUGUCACCAUCCAUCAAGCCCUUUUUUCAUCCACCGUGAACCACCUCCGCUUCCCCCGUCUCCAUCUCAACCCCUGUCCAACUGAGUGACCCCCGUCUCAAGGCCAUCUCUUCCCUCAGCGGUUCAUCACACACGGACGGCCAGCUGGCCUCCCGCUGCACGAUGAUUAACAACGUUCCACAGACAACAGACAAUCACAGGAAAGACACUGAAGUUCAAGUUGAAGCCUGCCCGGGCCAUUCGAACCCCAUCAAGACUUUCAGGACUCACAAUGUGCUUCAUAAGGAACUGCUGCUGGCCCACAAGAGGGGUCAGACCCUGAGCCACAGAUCAGAACUUCAGCAGGUGCUGGAGAGGAGGAAGAGGGUGCAGAAUGACCAGGAAGAGGAGGGACAGAGCAGGACUCCUCUGGAGGACGUGAUGUUGAGACGUCAGCAGAAACAACUUGAGAGGGAGAAGGAACAUGAGGAAAAGGAACAAGAGGAAGCCCAGUUGAUGGAAUUUGUUAGAGUCCGACAGAACCUCAGAAAGAUCCACACAGCAAUCCAGAACAAGGCUGCAAAUGUCUGAAAUGCCACAGAAGAAUUCGCCCCAAAUGUACAAUGAGUUUUUUCAACAUCUCCCCUCCUUGCAAGAGUAACAGCAUGAUGUGCAGUGUGCUUGUAUUUAUAUACAAAGUAUUAUUGCUUGAUAUUGUAAUAAUCUAUCAAUAGUAUUUUGCGAAAAUGAAUAUGAUCUCCUUUGACUAGUCAAGUUUUUAUUGUGAGAGUAUGUCAAAAUGUUUAAUAUUUAACUAUUAUUACACAUCCAUAAAUGUCAGUCUUAUUAGUCUAUUUGUUCCAUUUGUAAAAAAACAUUGCUUCUAAUUUAAAGCUUUUUAACAUUAAUACACACAUAAACAUUUAAUCACUG